AUGCGAACUGACAACCUGAUUAUUCCAGAAAUCACGAGAAUCAGCAAGACUCUCGCAGCGGCUCUGCCUGAAAGUGUUAUUCUACCACAAAGUAUCACCAGUUUCAACAAAGCAGUGGAUGGCUACUGGGCAAAGCAAGAAUGCGAAAUAAACCCAUCAUGUAUUGUUCGUCCCCGCAAUGAUGAGGAAAUUUGCACAGCUAUCACAAUUCUCAAGCGUGAAUAUGAUGAACGGAGGAAGCAAAAGGUCGGUAAAGAACACAGAUUCGAUGGGUUGUUCGCUAUCCGUAGUGGCGGCCAUUCUUGUGUUGCUGGGGCUGCGAAUAUCGAAGGAGGUGUUCUUAUUGACCUUAGUUGUUUCAACGAGGUUGUACCUUCUGAGGAGAAUGAUGAAUCGAGUGUGACUAUUGGAGUCGGAUGUAGGUGGAUGGAUGUUUCAAAAGUUUUGGAUGAGAGGGGGCUUGCUGUCGUUGGUGGUAGAAAUUCUGCUGUGGGAGUCGGCGGGCUGACUUUUGGAGGCGGUCUCUCAUUUUUCUGUCCUCAAUUUGGUCUAGUAUGUUCCAACAUAAUCAGCUAUGAUAUCGUCCUCGCAUCAGGAACUCUCACCACAGCCUCCGCAACCCAGAAUCCUGAUCUCUGGCGUGCCCUCAAAGGAGGUUCUAACAAUUUCGGCAUCGUCACUCGCUUCACGGCUCGCAGUUUUCCCAGCACCAAAAUCUGGAGCGGUUUUCUUUAUAUGCCUAGUUCUCAAACCAGCAAAGUUAUAUCCGCCUUCAAUGAGGUCGUGAACGGAGUUGAUUGGGAUCACCAUGCUGCUGAUCCUUUGGCAUGUUUUACAUACAUACAGCCAUUGGGCGUAAAAGCUAUCUCCGUUAAUUUGGUAUACACGAGGCCCUCUGAGAAAAAAUGGCCAGAAUAUUGGAAAAGAUCACGCUUUUCAUCGAUGUGGCGUUUUUGGAGCACGUGUAAACUGCGCACAUUAACAAGUGGAACCGAUGAAAUGAAUGCUCUUAAUCCACCUGGAAAACGCCAAGUGCUCGCCACGACAACUAUCAGGAAUGAUAUCGCUACACUCGCCGCUACGCAUGAUGUAUAUCAGGACGCUAUUUCUUCACUGCGAAGUGUGAAAGGUAUAGUCUGGACGCUGGUCAUGCAACCAUUAUUAACGGAUUGGGUGCGCAAGGGUGAUGCGAAUCCAUUGGGACUACAUAAUAUCAAUGAACCUCUCGUGAUCGUGAGUUUUACAGUAAACUGGCCCAACGCCCGAGAUGACGAAGUGGUGAAGAAAACCACACGGCGUGCAAUCGAAGAGAUUGAACAAAUUGCAAAAAAGAAUGGAACGGGUCAUAAAUGGAAAUAUCUGAAUUACUGCGCAGAGUGGCAGAGACCAUUUGAGGGAUAUGGAGAGGAGAAUGUAAGUUUUUUCAGGGAUGUUAGUCGAGCAUAUGAUAAUGAGGGGUUGUUUCAGAGAGGUUGCGUGGGAGGGUUUAAGCUUGGCCUUCGUGUCGAUGGUGAAUUGAGAGAUGAUCAGUCCUGA